GGAAAUUUUGUUAAAGCCUUGGUAUGAAUGUGUAGAGUGAAGUAAGCGGAAUCGAUUAGAGUUGAAUUACUUAUACUUGUAAUGGAAUCAGUUCGUUAAUACUAUGGAGGACUUAACAUAAAUAUGGUUUUAGAUCGAACAGCAAUGAGGAUAUUGAAAAUAUGAAUCUUCUACGUGGGCUUCAUACUUUCGGAGCAACUGAAUUCGGUUCAUUAUUUAUUAUUAUAGGGGGUUAUUGCUUCUGAGAGUUUUUCAUCUGUUAUUUGCUGAUUCUAAAUGAUGAAUCUGUCACCUGUUUUUUUUCUUAACUAUUAGUUUACUAGAUGAUUGAUCCUUCUACUUCGUGCUCCACCAUCCGCACAUCAAUUCCACCACACAUUCUUUGAGUUAUUAUUGUUGUUUUUUUUAAUUAAUUAUUAUUAUUAUUGUUUUUUGUGACCUGAUUUCAGCUUUAGUAGAGGUUUGAAAUGUAAAGAAAUUACUAGAUUCUGUUCAUGAUACUCUUUAGGGGGCUUCUCUUCGUUCUUGUUUAGUUCAUAAUGGGUCUUGGUGGCUAACUCCAUCUGUUGUUAUCUUCUUGCCCAGUUAAUUUCUUUUUAUCUUUGAAGAACAUUUGAAAGUGGAAGGUUAAGAAGGUUGUCCAGAUGGAGGAUUAACUCUAAUGUUAAUUCCUAGAGGAGGAAUUCAUUUAUGUACCUGCAUACCUACAACCUCUUUGGUGUAUUCUUCGUUUGAGUUUUAGUGUAUAAGAGCUAUUGUUUGGUUCAGUCUCGUUCCCCACAGUUUCUGGAUUAGUUGUCUUGAGGUGUGAGAUUCAUUUCAAUUGAGUGUUGUGGAUUUUAUUUUAAUAUUUGAGACAUGGUCCAAAUUGGGAGGUACGAUAGGUAGUAUGUAGUAUGGAUUUGGAAUUGAAUGUUCGAAGGAAAACCUGCGUUAGCUGUCUCGUUGUCUGAUACGUAGGUAUCUGCCCAAGUUUCACAGUUCACAUGUUGCCUGUAAGUAAAUGCGUGACAGCUAGGGAUAAAGCACUACUGUUACUGGAGUUCAGGUGACAGCUUAGCUAUAGUAGCGCUUAACAUCUAUAGUAGUUAAAGAGUGUCAUCAUAGUUUAGUUUCAUUCUCUUACAAGCAGCAUUUUAAUAUAGUCUAUAGAACUCAAGCUAGCGAGUGAAGUGAGACACCUAAGAGUUGCACGAACGAUAGUUCACUACGAUAAUAGUGGGACAGUAGUGCGUGUGUGAGUCUGCUCAUAGGGAUUGCACCUAACUUCUUCAAGUACUUCCUUGCAGUUGUCGCAUUUGCUUUCUCUCUGAACAAAGGACUGUGGCUUCUUUCUUCUCUAUCUAUCUAAAAGUAGAGUCACUGGUCAGCAGAGCACUUUUAUAGCGUUUAGUAGUUCAAGGGAUAAGUAGCUACAAGAAUCUACUGAGCUAAUCAUCUAAUCUAAGCAGUAGCAUCUCAACUCAAAGUCUUUUAUGCCCGCAAGAGGAAAGAGUCUCUAUCUACACGAAACACACAACAACAACAAUCAAAUAGAAAGCCUAUGGCGAAAGAAAUAAUAUUUGGAGGAAUUUUUGCUAAGUUGGCUCUUACUUUGUAUGGAGGGAGAGGUUCUUGCCUUCUUGGAAGGAGUGGAAGUUUCUUUAAUAAAUUUAUUAUGCAUCAAAGACUCCAGUUUGCAGAUUUUGACACUUUGCUUUGGGAUACCAUCACUAUUGGACGCUGCUGCACCUCAGCUUGCCAGAUUGAAGGAGCCUAUAGUUCUAGCAAAAGUGAAUGCUGACAAGUAUACUAGUCUUGCUAAAAAAUAUGACGUUGAUGCCUAUCCUACAAUCAAGAUCUUCAUGCAUGGUGUCCCAGUAGACUAUUAUGGACCAAGGAAAGCAGAGUUACUUGCCCGUUAUCUGAAGAAAUUUGUUGCUCCAGAUGUCUCAGUUCUUGAGUCAGACUCAUCAAUUAAUGAAUUUGUUGAAGCUGCUGGGCCUUACUUCCCUAUCUAUUUGGGUUUUGGUUUAGAUGAAUCUGUUAUUUCCAAAUUUGGUAUUAAGUAUAAGAAAAAGGCCUGGUUUUCAGUGGCAAAGGGUUUCUCAGAGGAUAUCAUGGUGUCUUAUGAUUUUGAUAAAGUUCCUGCUUUGAUUUCUAUCCAUCCAAAUUACAACAAUGAGCGGAGCAUCUUUUAUGGUCCUUUUGAAGAACCGUUCUUGGAGGAAUUCAUAAAACAAAGUCUGUUCCCUCUUGUUCUGCCCAUAAACUACGACACUCUCAAGCUACUAAAAGACGAUGACAGGAAAAUAGCACUCACAAUUGUGGAGGAUGAGGAUGAGGACCAGACAAAGAAGUUGAUCAAUUUAUUAAAGGCUGCUGCAUCUGCUAAUCGUGACUUGGUGUUUGCUUAUGUUGGGGCUAAACAGUGGGGGGAAUUUGCUGAUUCGUUUAGGGACAAGAAGACCACACUGCCAAAAAUGGUCAUUUGGGAUGGGGAGGACGAUUACUUAAUGGUUACUGGGUCAGAAAGCAUUAUCGGGAACGACCAUGCAUCCGAAAUCUCAAAAUUUAUUGAAGGAUAUAGAGAAGGAAGAACUGAAAAAAGAAGAGUUGCGGGUCCUGCAAUUCUUGGCUUCAUAAAUUCACUAAUAGGCAUCAGGACUAUAUACAUCAUUGUAAUUAUUGUUGCAGUAAUAAUGCUUUACCAAAACCUCACCAAAGAAGAUAGCGAAUAUAACAGAGUCGAUACCUCUGCUCGGGAUCAGGUUGAGCAAACGAGCAGCAGCUCUGCCGCAGAGGUUCAAAGGUCCGAAUACAAGGCUGGUGACAAGGAAGAUUGAAUGUGGAUUUUGGUGAAUUAUUCGUUAUUAGGACCUUUGAACGGCUUAAGAAAAAGACAGAUAUUGGGAAGGAAGCAGAAAUGAAAUUAUGUUGGGAGCCAUUGUGAAAUAACUGAUGAAAUGUGUAAUUUGGUGAUCAAUUCCCAUUACCAAACCCCAUCAUUUUACUCCUUGCCUUAGUAAACCUAUAAACAUAUAUUUGAUGUAUUUUCUUUCUUACUCGGAUAUCAUUAGGUUUUUGGCUCAAUUUAAAUUUACUUUUUCUUA